CUCUUAGCGAAUUAUGUUCAGUGAAGUAAAAGAUGAUGAUCAGAAAAGUAAUUCAAGCAGCGACUUGAGUGAUGAAGUAGAUGAUGUACUUGGUGAACCUAUUCCAGAAGUGCAACCCUCUACUGCUGAAAAGGAAGACAUGAAUAAUUUUGAAGUAGAUGGAGGAAAUUUACCACAACAAAAUACUGAACCUCCGCCAGCAGAAGAGUCCCAUAAAGAGGAAGAAGAAUCCCAUAAAGAGGAAGAAGAGCCGCAAUAUGUUGAAGAGAAACAUCAAAUUGAAGCAGCUUAUGACCCAAUGCCAGCAGAGCCAGAGCCAAUGCAGUCGAUGGAGCCUGUGAGUAAUUCAUAUUACGACAAUGAAGAAGCUGGAGAAAACCCUGUUCCUCAAAGAAAAUACAGUUCCCCUCCAGCAUCUAUUUAUGAUGAUAAUACUGAAGAUGGAAGAAUUAGAUUAAGUGAUGCCGGGGAAACUCUAACAGACGCCUUUUCUGUCUCUGAUCCUGUAAAGGGAUCUCAUGUCACAUACACCGUAAGAGGGUACGAUGAUGAUGGACCAUUCGAAGGUGCAAGGAGAUACAAUGAUUUCUUUAAUCUCAGAGCAGCAUUACUUACAAGAUGGCCAGGAGUUUAUAUUCCUCCAAUUUCUCCAAAGAAAGCUCUUGGUAACAAAGAUGAUAAGUUUUUGGAUGAAAGGAAACACUUUUUGCAGAGGUUCCUCAUCCUGACAAGCAAGAUAGAUCACAUUAUCAAAUCAGACGAGUUCAGACUUUUCUCGAGACCUUCUGGAGAAAUUGAUAAAGCCGUUCAAAUGCUACCUCAAGCUUCUGCUGAUUUUCUUUUGGAUAGAUAUAAGACUAAAUUGAACCUUGCAGAGGAAGUAGACUCUGCAGAGGUCGCCGAGAACAGGUCAGUGAUAAACGAGUGGACAGCCUUCUGUAAGACAUUCAUGAAGACCCUCAAACAUAUGAGAGACUCCAUCAAGCCAUUUGUAAAUGAUGAGGAUAGGCAGAAUAAGAAUUAUGGAGAGAUGAUGAACAUUUUUACUAAAUUUGAGCAGGGUGUUCUAAUGGAAUAUUGCGAAAAUGAUACCACAAAGCAUGUUGUACCAGAGUACGAAGAGAAAUCGCAAGGAUUACCCGAUGCCAUGAACAAUCCGAUCAGGGAAUUUUUCUAUUGGAUAAAAGGAGAGAUUUAUGAUCUCCAAGCUUUGAAUGAUUGAUUUUUGGGUAGAGAAAGACUUCUAAAGAAGAAAAAUAAAAUAGAAAGCAAGAAAAAAAGUGACCAGUCUACACUUGAUAAAUUAUCCCAAGGGAAGAAGACUCUUGGUACAUUGUUCAAAGGAGAGAGUGGAAAGCAAGUAACCAUGACAAAUCUGUCAAAUUCUAUUGCAACUGCUGAAAGAGAUCUCGAGCUUUAUGAAAAGAUUUUGAAUAUGGUGGAGAGUUAUAUAGCUCAAACAGUUAUUCCUCAGUUCAAAGAGGACAAGACCAGAUUUUACAAAAUUUGAAAAUUCAUUAGUUCGUCCGAGAUACGCAAUGCCAAAAUGAUAUCUGAGUUCUGGGAAACGCUCAUUCUCAAUCCAAAUCUUGUGCCUGAAUAAGCAUUUUAGCUCAA